CGCAUAAACUUCCCUGUUGCCUCUUCCGACACUUGCAAACGGCUGCAUGCGUGUUAUUUCGCGGAUUAACAACUAAAUGUAAAAAAUAAUAAAAGCUUUAACUUCAGGUCUAAAACAUGAGCACCCUAUGGAUGGGAAACUUGGAGCCCUACAUGGACGAAAACUUCAUAACCCGAGCCUUCGGCACUAUGGGGGAGUUGGUGGUGAGUGUACGGAUUAUACGCAACAAGGUAACCGGUAGGGGUGCAGCAGGUUACUGCUUCGUGGAGCUGACCGAUGAAGCCACAGCUGAGAGGUGUCUUCGUAAAGUCAAUGGAAAAGCACUACCAGGAGCCACACCAGCUAGAAGAUUCAAGUUAAACCGGGCCACCUUUGGGAAGCAAGGAGAAAGCAGUCCACUCUACUCUCUGUUCGUUGGAGAUCUCACACCUGAAGUGGAUGACGGGAUGCUGUACGAGUUCUUCUACAACCGCUAUCCAUCCUGUCGCGGGGGGAAGGUGGUGCUGGACGGCACGGGAAACUCCAAGGGUUGUGGGUUCGUCCAGUUCCCAGACCAGAGGCUUCAGAAGCUGGCGCUGGAGGAGUGUCAGGGAGCGGUGGGGCUCGGGAGCAAACCACUACGACUGAGCCUAGCUGCUAACAAAACGCGUCAUAAUCAAUCAGACAACAGGGGGUGGGGGUCACAUGGAGGAGGCUACAGACACAACCAGAAUCAAUACAAUCAGCAGCCGUAUGGUGGUGGAUGGGGCUCAUGGGGCUACGACCAGAAUGGAGGCAACUAUGGCGGCUACAACUAUAACCAGUAUGAUUACACUCAGAAUCCUGUACAGGAAAAUGAAGUUGUUGAAGAUGAUGGUCUGGAAGAUCCUAACCCAGAGCUGGAUGUGGUGGAAGCCAACAGGAAGUUUAUGGAACACAGUGAGGAACUGUAUGAUGCCCUUAUCCAGUGCCACUGGCAACCCUUGGAAUCCUCUGAACAGGCCUUUGGAACCACGAGUAGCCUUCCAGAACCUGUCUACUGUUGAGGCAUGCAAUGGAAUGGCAAUAUCCUAUUUUGCCAUGUUCUUUGGACUUUCCUAUUAUAUUCUGUAGAUGUUUGAUCAUUGAAAGGCUAAAGACACAUCCCCAGUCCUUGGCCAUAACUGCCAUUUACUUACAGACAUUAUUUUUGUGUUAAUUGACAAGUUUUAUUUUGUGCCUCCUCUUAUAAAAGUCAGUGGACACCUGGCACAUGCUGUACCUAAGAAUAGCUUCCUGUUUUCAUUUGCUAUGCUUUGCAUCAUCUUUGCAGUUUAGCUCGUGUCCCAAAUGGCAUCCUAUUCUCUAUUUAGUGCACUGCUUUUAGCUAGGGCCCAAAGAACUCAGGUCAAAAGUAUUGCGCUAUAUAGGGAAUAGAGUGCAAUUUGGGAUACAAUAUUUUUUCUCAAUUGAGGAGUAGGUGGUUGUGUUAUCUGUGGUGUUACUCUGCCUUCUGUUUCCAUAUGUGUUUGUGAAGGUGGAAUAAACGUACAGUAUCAGUCAA